AUGAGGAGGCGAAGGCGGAACGCGAAGGUGGUGGUUAGGAUGAACGAAGAGAAACAAAAAAGGAAUCCAUUCCCACUUUCGAAUUUUGGGUCGGGAUGCGCGAGCAAUAACGAGAACGGUGAAGACGACGACGAGGACGACGAGAACGACAACAACAACAACAAAAACGUCGGAGGGAAACGAAUCCCAAUCGGAGGACGGUUUUUGUGGUCCAACGAAGGGAAAUCGAUCGGUACGGGUUUGAAAAAACUGCCAGAUUUUCGACGAAAUAUGCUGGAAGAAGGCACGGAGGACGUUUGGUUGAAAGAAAUGGAGAUGAAGCAUUCGAUAUUGGACGCGUAUGGAGAGCGUUGCGUCGUGUAUAAAGAAGAGGAGCGAACGGACUUGGACGAAGCCUGUCGAGAGUUAUUAAACGCGGUUGCAGAGUUGUUGACGGAACAGUAUCCAGAAAGGUACGCGAUAACAGAGAAGAACGAGGACGGGAGCCGAAUGAUUUCAAUACCAAAGCUCGAUAACUACAAGGCUUCUUUAGAACCGAAGUCGGGAAAGGAGGCAUUGAUCACCGCCGCGCGAUUGAGCACGAACGAGUUUUGUAUAAUGCGAAGAAGCAGAAACGGCGGAGAAGAAGCACAAAGUGAGAAACAGGAAAACGGUGGAGAUUUCUUCGCCAGAGAACCUUCGGAGCACGAAUUCGUCGCCGGCGUGGUGUGCUUUUCCUUCGACCCAAAGAAACGCGAAGGGAAGAACUUAUCGCAGCUGCACAAACCGGUGCCGAACUACGAGGAGAAAAUUGAAAUGGCGACGAGGCGCGUGUUUGAUAACUUGUUAAGGAAGAUGGACGAGGACGGAGGACAGCCAUUGUUUCGCGCAAAUUGGGCGAUACAGAAUAGCAGCGAUUUAAUUAGCACCGAUUUAGAUUGGCAUCCGACGAAUGUUAAAAUCGGUGGUGUGAUGAAUAGAAAACAUUUAGUGGAGGAAAGUUCGACCAAUUCUUUCGGCGACAUCGACGCGAUGCACACGGGAUAUAUGGACCCGACGCAAGGUAUGCCGAAAAAUGUUCGCGAGGUUGGGAGUAAAAUGUUUACGCGCGUAGAAUACGAAACGAUAUCGAAACUAAAAACGAAUGGGUUUUCAUUGUUUACGGUGAAGACGUAUUUAGAACCGUUAGAAAAUUUUUCGGCGCCGGAAGCCGCGGAGUCGCUGUUCGUCGCCAUCACCGAAGCGAGCGAAAGCGAGUUGAAGUACAAAUCGCUCGAAAACGCCAACUUGAAGAAUCUGAUAUUAGAAUAUUUGGUUGCGAAUUUGCCAAAAGUCCAGUCGUCUUCAUCGUCGUCGUCGUCGUCAUCUUCUUCUUUAUCAUCGACGACAGUAUCGUCAAACGUUCUCAAAUGUCCCAUGGGUUUUUCCACGCCGAAGAUUUUUAAAGAAGAGGAAGAAGAAGAAGAAGAAAGAGAAGAAGACGCGCGGACGACACAACCACACGAUUUCACUCCGUGGACGUCAUUCGAUAAAGCAAUCGAGGAUGCCUCCCCUAUUCCACCUUCGUACUACACGAGUGAGAAAUUAGCGCAGCGUGAACGCGCCACGGUCUUUUCGCCAGAGAAGGAUUGGGUUUGCAUCGGGCACGUUUCGGAUGCGCCAAGCGUGAACGAUUAUUUCACAACCACUGUGUUUUCCGAUGAAAGCGAAAACGCCGCCGCCGCCGCUGUAGAAAUAGUAUGCGUGCGAACGGAAGAGAAUACGUUUAAAGCGUACGAAAACGUGUGCCAACACCAUUUCGCGAAGGUUGCUGAUAAGAAACGAGGCACGUGCACAGCGAAAGCAAACUCGUGCGCGGCGGCGUUGCAAUGUCCGUAUCACGGAUUCACGUAUGAUGUAUCAAAUGAAGGAAAUGGGAAGCUCAUCUCGGCGACUCGAAUGAAAGGCAUGGAAGAGCGAACGGAAAAGAUUAAACUCAAAGGCGGUUACGUGUGCGAAACGUUCGGUCCGUUUGUGUUUCUAAAGAAAGAUGAGAGUUCGUCGUCGUCGUCGUCGUCGUCUUUGCGAACGUUUUUAGGCGCAGAUUUUGCCAGCCGAGUCGAAGAAGCUGAUAUCAACGUCUCCGAUCGCGAGUCUUUUCGUCACGUCGCUCGCGAAACGUUUGAAGUUGAAUCGAAUUGGAAAGUUUUCAUAGAUAACUAUCUCGAUGGAGGUUUCCACGUCCCUUUCGCACAUAAAGCGCUGGUCAAAGAAGGUUGCGACAUGAGCAAAUAUAACAUCACGCUCUUCGAUAAUAUGAACUCGAUUCAAUCCGUGGACGUUAGAAAAGAAGAGAACACCAACUCUCGCCUCGGUUUAGGCUCAGCGACCUACGCGUUUGCCUUUCCGAACGUCUGUCUCAACAGAUACGGACGUUGGCUGGAUACCAACGUGGCGUUCCCAAAUCCUGCAGACCCAAAUAAGUGCGUCGUCGAAUUCAACUGGUACAUCGAUAACACCAACCACGACGAGGACGACGACGAAGAGGUAUUCAUAAAGCAAAGCCUCCUCGCCUCUCGCGUCGUCCAAGACGAAGACGAAAAUCUGUGCGCCUCCGUACAAAAAGGGCUCCGCUCCAAAGUCGCCUCUUCUUCUUCUUCUUCUUCUUCUUCAUCCCGAAGCGGCAGCGGUGGCGACGAAGAUCGACAAGAAGGGUUAUACUCCCCUGAAUGCGAAUCAAUCAUGUUUGCAUUUCACAAGAGAUAUUAUCGCGCCGUCCUCCUCCCGGGCGAAUAA